ACAAAAAGAUUUUGUGCAGAAUUUUGCAAACACACAGAUGCUCUAAACCCCACUGUGGUCAGGGUUCUCAUGCAGGGUGUUUUCAGUUGUGUAUACAAGACCCUUUGAGCAGAAAGCAACACACUUCCUACUGAUCCCAAGGCUCCUGCACGAUUCAUUUAUGUGAAUAUUGAGGAGUUUGAUUUACAUCUGGUGUAAAUAUUAUCAAUUUUAUUCUUCCUUCUAGAGCUUACAGUUACUGAAGAGAUCAGAAUGGAGAUGAGAAACUGUCCUCCGCGUUCACGGCCUCAGUGUUCUCAUCAUCAGCGCCAGCAACCCAGGAGGCUGGACUACAAACAACGCAGAUACAGAGUGGCUGCAGUGGGUUUUGGACUACUGUGCAUUCUUCUGGUUGUUGCAAUCAUAAUCCUUGCUAUAAAAUACACCCAGCAGAUGAGUUACAAAACCCGGUAUGACAACUUACAAAUUGCCCACAGGAAGCUGACCAAACAGAUUACUCAACUCAACCUGACCAAACAGACUGACCACCACAACCUGACCAAACUGAUUGAACACCUCAACCUGACCAAACAGACUGACCACCUGACCCUGACCAAACUGAUUGAACACCUCAACCUGACCAAACAGAAUGACCACCUUAGCCUGACCAAACAGAUCAACCAGUUACAGGAGGAGAAUGCUGCACUUCAGAGGAUGCUGACAGAUAUAGCCGCACAGGUCAGUCUUGGAUGGUUGAUCUUUAGUUCCAGUUUUUACUAUUUCUCUACUGUGGAGAAGGGCUGGACUGACAGCAGAGAGGACUGCCUUAAGAAAGGAUCUGACCUUGUGAUCAUCCGCAGCAGUGAGGAACAGGAGUACAUCAUUAAGCAGCUGGGCGAAAAAAAAGCUUGGAUUGGUUUAAAUUACAACGUCUCAGAGAGUGACUGGAAAUGGGUGGACAGUUCAGCACUGAGUAAGACGUACUGGGCUAAGGGCGAACCGAAUAAUAACGGUGGUAAUGAGCAAUGUGUUGAGAUUUGGACUUAUACAGACCUAAACGGCUGGAAUGAUGUGAAUUGCAACAAUAAAAAGAACUGGAUCUGUGAGAAGCCGUUUGUUCAGUGAUUGACAGCAGCAUCAAGAUGCAAAAUCUCCCAAAAACGAAAAUGUCAGAGACGAACCUCAGCAUCUUCAACGAAAGAAAUUUGUUAAAUCCCAUACAAACUUGAAACAAAAAACUAUUUUGAGCUUCUCCUUUCAUCUCUCUAUCAUGUUGAGUGUUUCCUUGUAAUAAAGU